AUGCACAUUGAUCGGUGCAAGACAGUAUAUGGGAUGCUCUGGUCGCUAUAUCUGAAGACUGUGCGCUCUGGCGCUAUCGAUGAGCUCAACAAAGCGAUUGGACUUGGACUGAACACUCUCAAAGAAGUUUCUGGUGAUGGACUGGGGCGCGCCGAAUGCCUCAGUGUGGUAGCAGGUCUUCUGAGCCUUCGCCAUCAGCUGGCUCCAUCCGAUGGGCGCGACCUCGAAAAGUCAAUCACUCUGACCCGGGAAGCUUUGCGACUAUGCCCUCCCAACCACGCAAACUAUCGGGUGUACUUGCAACACUUGGCGGACGGAUUGCUUCUGCAGUACAACUGGACCGGAGAGAUAAGUUGUCUCGAAGAAUCUAUUCAACUUGGACGUUCCAUCAUCGGUUCAAUGCCAACUACCCACCCUGAGCGAUUCGUUCCCGCUCGCGAUCUGGCGCGUUCACUGAUGCUCCGCUUCAACGAGACAAGGCGCAUCUCUGAUCUCGAUGAAGCCAUCAAAUGGGAUCGUAGGGCCCUAGCAAGCAUUGGGACCUCACAUACGUCCUAUCCGGAGAUUUCUGCUCAAGCUGUCUCCCGUCUUUGCAUGUUAUUUGACGCUUGGGGCUCAUUCGAGGCUUUGGAAGAAGCGAUUACCCUCGGCAACACCGUCCUGGAUACGAUGGCUUCCGAUCAUGGACAACGCAGCGAUGUUAUCCUCGAGCUCUCAAAAGCGCUGUUACGCCACGGGAGACAUCAAGGGAACGUCGCGGACAUAGACCGCUCCAUCUCGGAGUUAGCACGUAUCAAGGAAGUCAUGCUUCAGCGAACAAAUGGUCCUAAACUUCUGAGCACCCUCGCCGACUGUCAUAUCGUCAGAUUUCGCUUCAAUUGCAGCCACAAAGACGCGAACGAUGCCUUGGAGAUUAUCACUGACUUGUUGAAUACCCUUCACCCUGGCCGUCCCGAGAGGUUUCAAUGCCUCGUAGGUGCCGCAGAACUUUACAUGGAGAUAGGAACAUCUUAUCGGAGUAUCCAAGCUGCACUCUCGCAUUUAGCCAGUGCUCUAUCCGACGAACACCGGGACGAUAUCGUCCACUCUGAGGUCGCAGCAGAUCGCCAACUGCUGGAUAUCUUCGCUCUUGUGGGGGGACUUCUGCCCCGAGUGGCCUUCUUUGAUCUUCAUCUUCAUACCCGGCUCCAGUCUCUAGCUAUCGGCCAGAGCAUCGCUCUCACCGGCGCAUCUCACGCGCUCAACAUCGGUUCAUCUCAGAAAGCUCUGGAAAUCCUUGAGCAGGGCCGUGCGGUCUUCUGGACCCAUGCACUACGCUUGCGCUCUCCGUUCGACGCAGCGCCCAAGGAGCUCAGAGAACGAUUGUUGAUCCUUGCCCGACAGCUGGAGAAAGUGCGCGACAGCUCGUUUACGGGCGAGAACCCGGGUGCCGUCGAAGCGGACAUCGCACGGAGAAGGGGUCAGAUCGAAGAAUUCGACAAGCUGCUCAACCAGGUUCGCAAACAACCUGGGCUGAACAGAUUCCUGCUACACGACGAGUUUACGACGCUGAGAAAAGCCUCCAAGAGAGGACCGGUCGUAGUGUUGGUUUCCAGUGCGCUGGGGUGCCACGCUGUCCUUCUCAAGCAGGGGGGCGACUGUGUCAGCAUUCCUAUCGAGCGUCUUCCUGAUACUUGGCUCGCACAUUCCGGCACAGAGUGGCGAUCAAUCAUCGUGGAGGCGAGGGCGGAGAUGCGCAACUGCAGAAAGAUGAAAAAAUCGAAAAUCCCGAAGGCUCGAAGGACGGCUGCCGAGGAGAUCUUGCGCCAAUUAUGGAUUGAGGUGGUGAGACCGGUCAUGAAUGCUCUAGGGCUCGAACCCUCCGAAGCCGGUGCUGGCGGAGACUGGUGCUCGGAUUACGUCGUCUCCUCCUACGUACCAACCAUCGGGUCCCUUCUCGCUGCCAGGAACGCGUAUUCGCCCAUCCUCAAGGAUGACAUUCACGCGCUCGUCGCUGCAACGCCUCGGUCUAGCAUGUCGCAGUGGAGCGACCUCAUCAACACGCGCGAAGAAGCGAGAGCGAUCCGUGCCGUCUUACCAAGCGGAUCCAUAAUGGAGCUGUCUCCCGCAGAUGACGCUUGCAUUGAGGGCGGAAAUGGGAUCACGGCGGAGACACUGCUAAAGCUUCUCCCACAGACAAAUGUCCUGCACCUCGCGUGCCAUGGCCAUCAAGAUCUGGAGAAUCCGUUGCAGAGCGGAUUCAUUCUCCGUGACGAGAAACUCACGAUCGAACGACUCAUGCCUGUACCCCUCCCUCGCGCGUUCAUGGCAUUCCUGAGCGCUUGCGAAACAGCCAAAGGUGACUUCAAUCAGCCUGAUCAGGUGGUCCAUCUCGCCGCCGCCAUGUUCUUCGCAGGAUUCAAAAGUGUCAUCGCUACGCUUUGGUCCAUGGCGGACGCGGACGGGCCAGAGAUAGCUCGAUCUGUAUACCAGAAGAUAUUUAGCAGCAAAUUGGAUCACAUCGACCCCGAUGACAUCGCGUACGCCCUCGACGAGGCCGUCACGAAACUACGAACCGUCCAGCCUGAGCCGCUCCGAUGGGCGCCGUAUAUACACCUAGGGAUCUGA